AAGCGAAAACAAAAAAGAGUUCAGUCUUGCGAUGCCAAAACUUGAGGAAGAAACGUAACACAGCCAACACAAGUACACACUUAGCCAUGGCAGCUCGCAAGAGAGCUACUGGAACAACAGACACAAGCACAGAAAAAUCUGCUCCAAUAGAUAACAAAACCAAAGAAACUGUUGACCCACCAAUAGCACCUCCUAAAUCAGGCUUUAUCUUUAAAUUUUUUCUAUUGCUUUUAGUUCCUUAUUCUUAUUUCUUAUUCUAUCAUUACAAGAUCCACCAUGACCACAAAAGAUCGAUCCUUAUCAAUGCUUGUCUUAGCCUUGCUGGGUUUUUCUUGACUGUCAAGAUGAUUCCGGUAGCUUCUAGAUAUGUUUUGAAGAGGAACCUUUUCGGUUUUGAUAUUAAUAAGAAGGGUACCCCUCAAGGCACUGUUAAAGUGCCUGAGUCAUUGGGUAUAGUUGUUGGCAUAGUCUUCUUGGUAUUGGCAAUCUUAUUUCAGUAUUUUAACUUCACAGCAGAUUCCAAUUGGCUUGUGGAGUACAAUGCAGCAUUAGCAUGCAUCUGCUUCAUGACUCUACUCGGAUUUGUGGAUGAUGUCCUUGAUGUUCCCUGGAGAGUGAAAUUACUUCUUCCAUCGAUUGCUGCUCUUCCAUUGUUGAUGGCAUAUGCUGGACAUACAACUAUCAUAAUACCAAAGCCUCUUAUCCCAUAUGUUGGACUCGAGGUGUUGGACCUAGGAUGGAUAUAUAAGCUAUAUAUGGGACUUCUGGCGGUUUUCUGCACAAACUCCAUCAACAUUCAUGCUGGUAUAAAUGGUCUUGAAGUUGGGCAAACAGUUGUGAUCGCAUCUGCUAUUUUAAUACAUAACAUUAUGCAAAUCGGGGCAUCUAAGGAUCCUGAGUACCAACAGGCCCAUUUAUUCUCUGUUUAUCUUGUUCAACCCUUACUGGCUACUUCCAUGGCUCUACUUUCUUACAACUGGUAUCCUUCUUCAGUUUUUGUUGGAGAUACUUUUACAUACUUUGCUGGAAUGACUAUGGCUGUUGUUGGGAUUUUAGGCCAUUUCAGUGAAACUCUCCUGAUUUUCUUCUUACCUCAAGUAAUAAACUUUCUCUUGUCACUUCCCCAGCUUUCUGGCUAUGUCUAUUGCCCACGGCAUCGCCUGCCUAGGUUUGAUCCUCAGACAGGACUGUUGACUGGAACCAAUGAUGGAACCCUUGUAAAUGUCUACUUAAGAUUAUUUGGCAGGAAGUCGGAAAAAUCCCUUUGCAUUCAUCUUCUUCUUGUUCAGGCUAUUGGAUGCUGCUUCUGUUUCUUGCUGAGAUAUUUUCUUGCUGGCUGGUAUAAAUGAGGAUGCAAGAUCAAAGAAUGUUGUACUGACUAGUUUGGUUCUACAAUUUCUUUGUUUCAAGAGUUCUGCCAGUACACAGGACACAUCUUUCAUAGACAACAAUUACGUGCAGUUUUGACAUUCUUGGGGAGCACUUUACGUUGUACCCCAAAAAAAUGAAAAGAAAAGAAAAGAAAAGCAUAAUGCUUUUGUGAGAUUCGAUUUUAACACAUCUUGUAAUUUAAGCUCUUUACAGGAAGGGAACUCUGUUAGGACUUACUAUAUUAGCUUGAGUUUUGAAGUUAUGACCCAAAUCAUUCAGAUGAUGAAUCUCUAUUUUCACAAUUGACCAUGACCAUCCUUGUAGUAUUUGAUGUUGAUGAUAAAAGUGGUGAUGUAGUUUUAUGAACAUUUUCUAGUUGAAGAUGAAAGAUUUGAUCAAUGGGUAGAUGCGUCUUUCUUAA